AUGUACUGGGCUGGGGUUAUCACAGUGGUCCUUCUCUGCGCUUGCUUAUAUCUUAUAGGGUCUAUCCUCACUCCCCUUCUACGGGCCAAGCCCGUCUCCAACUCCGGCUUCUCCCCUUCGCAGCUCCAAAAGCUCCCCUCCAUCAUCACCGUAAAAGGCCUUUUCAUGGGCUUCAAAUGCGCCAUCUGCCUCGACGGCAUCGCCACCGACCAACCCGCUCGACUGGUUUCCUGUUGCAACCACGCCUUCCAUGUGGAAUGCGCUGACACAUGGCUCUUCAAGCACUCUACGUGCCCUCUCUGCAGAGCCAAACUCGACCUCAUACUGCUUUUCUCUUGA